AUGACUGCCGAUGAGAAUUUUGGUGUUAUUGAUAUAAACAAACCUUUUCGUUUUGAGGGAAAUCAUUUUAAAAGAUGGAAACAGAAAAUGUUAUUUUUCCUCACUACGAAAAAGGUUGCUUAUGUUCUGACGACUGAUAAACUUGUUGUUUCUGAUACUGCAAAGGAUGAUGAAAAGCAGAAGCAAACUGCUGAUUUAACAAGCUGGGUCGAGAAUGAUUUUCUGUGCAAAAAUUAUAUUCUCAAUGGUUUAUCUGACAAUUUAUAUGAUUACUAUAAUUCUGACAAAACUGCCAAGGAAAUCUGGGACGCACUUCAAAAGAAAUAUGACACUGAGGAGGCUGGAACUAAGAAGUAUGCUGUCAGCCGCUACCUCAAAUUCCAGAUGACUGACGAUAAGUCAGUGGAGGCUCAGUCUCAUGAACUUCAGAAAAUUGCUCACGAAAUAAUUUUUGAAGGUAUGUCUUUAGAUGAACAAUUCCAAAUUGCUGUUAUUAUUGACAAAUUGCCUCCUGGUUGGAACGAUUUUAAAAGUAUUCUCAGGCACAAAAUAAAAGAAUUUUCUUUGGAAAGUCUGAUCACUCGCCUUCGCAUUGAGGAGGAGGCUCGUAAACAGGACCAGAAAGAAGAAGUGCUUGUUGUGUCAAACAACAACACUACGAAAUCCAGUGUGAUUCUGAAACCUACUAGGAAAAAUUUCAAGAAUCAGAAUCGCAAACAUGCUCCAAAUCGUAACAAUAAUUCUCGGAAUAAUAAUAAGAAUUGGUUUCCAAGGAACCAAAACAAACAGCAGUAA